AGGAGUCCUGAGAGAAGGCGACGUCCCGCUGGUCUGGGGAGAUUUCAAGGCGAAUCCAGUAAAGCAAAGUCCCCCAAACAGAAAGUGAAUGGAAAAUGCCACGUUCCUUUUUGGUGAAGAGCAAAAAGGCUCAUACCUACCACCAACACCGCUUUGUGGAAGAUGACCUGCCUGCACUCACGUGGGGCCCAGUAAGCUCUGCCUUCACUGCCACAGGAGACAGGACACCAGAGGAUAUCAAGAAACAGGACCUGGAAUGUAUGAUUCCAAAACAAGAAAAGGACCCACCUGAACUGAAGGAAGAAAGUGUCCCUGUCCAGUACCUGAGCAGGAUGCUGCCAGGCCCUUCAGCUCAAGAGGUGCCCAUCCCAGCUCUGCAGAUCAAGGACUGCACUAACACAACCACUCCUGCCUUCUACAAAACUGGCUUCUCUUGGGAUGCUUUCCACGUGCCAUACAGCUACCAACAGAUGUCCUCCACCAUGCAGUCAGCCCUGCUGGAGCACCCUGUUAGCCUGUAUGGGAGCCACCUCCUGCCAAGCUCUGAGCCCCCCCUGGACUACAGCAUGCACUAUUCCUCAGACAUGGAGACCUACCACUGCGUGAAGUGCAACAAGGUGUUCUCCACUCCCCAUGGACUGGAGGUCCACGUCCGAAGGUCUCACAGUGGGACUCGGCCCUUUGCUUGUGAAGUGUGUGGCAAAACCUUUGGGCAUGCUGUAAGCCUGGAGCAGCACACCAAUAUCCACUCCCAGGAAAGAAGCUUUGAGUGCAAGAUGUGUGGGAAGACAUUCAAACGUUCCUCCACCCUCUCCACUCAUCUGCUGAUCCAUUCGGACACACGGCCCUAUCCCUGCCAGUACUGUGGCAAACGCUUCCACCAGAAGUCGGAUAUGAAGAAACACACUUACAUCCACACUGGUGAGAAGCCCCACAAAUGCCAGGUCUGUGGCAAAGCCUUCAGCCAGAGCUCCAACCUCAUCACCCACAGCCGCAAACACACCGGGUUCAAACCCUUCAGCUGCGAGCUCUGUGCCAAGGGCUUCCAGCGCAAGGUGGAUCUGCGGAGGCACCGCGAGACCCAGCACAGCCUCAAGUGAGGAAGGGCUCCAGGUCUUUGCUGGAGCUCCCACUGCAGACUGUCCCCAGCAUCUCCAUCCAGUGUGGGACUCAUGGCACCCUGUGUUCCCCUGGGGACUGGCAAAGUCAUGUCAUUGGCUUUGGUGCUUGGCACCCCAGGGCCUUGCACGUCCCAAAGAAACCUCUGGGGGGGGGGUCUCACUUUUCAAUUACAACAGGUACCAGCCCAGAUCUGACAUCACCUGCUCAAGUGCAAACCCAGAGAAAUUCCUUCAAGGUCACUGUUACUCUGGAUUGACACCAUGUGCAGAAUCCAGUUCUUUCAGGCUGCCCAGCAGUGAGGUGGGAACUCCUGGGCUGGUGGGAGCCACAAUCUGUGCCAAGCCAGUGCUGUAACCGUGUCCUGCUCCGAUGGUUGGGAAGAUAAGGCCAGGCCAUGCAAAUAGAUUGCGUUCAGUGAGCUGUGUUCAGCCUGGACAGGGCUUCUGCAGAGACUUGCCCAGGCCAUAAAUUCUGCCAACAGACACCUAAAGUCAUUUCUUUCAGCAGAGCAUUUACUGUGAUCAAAUGACAAGUUAACUGUGCUGUAUUUUUAGCUUGGAGUGGGAGGAAAAUACUGAAGAAACAGCUCCUAUCCCUAGCUGAUAACAGGGGUCUCUAAAUACAUUCCUCAGACACACCAUGCUGCAAAGAUCCCUGCCUUGGUGGCAAGCAAGCAAGCUCCAGGAAGAGCCAUGCCACAACACCAGGCAUAAGCCCCAUGUCUUGGUACCAUGGGAGAGUCUGGCUGCUUUUGGAAUCUGGGCUCUGGUAUGUCCCACAAUAUUUCAGUGCAUACCAACUUAGAGCUGUCCUGGGCAGUCCUGUGUCACUGCAUGGUCAGGAUUGGCCCUUGGAUGUCGAUGCCAAGGGCCAGAAUCCUGCUUUCCAGCCCCUCUCUUAAAGGAGGAAGUGGCUGAGCCUGUACAUGCUGGCAGAGUAUGCAAGUACCUUACAAAUAUUAUACAAACAGAGCAGUGGCAUUUCCUCCUUCUUCCAGGUUCAGGGGGUGAAGCAAAGCACUGGAACAAGUAAAGAACCAGUUCCCCUCCAAGCUCUGCUACAUUCUCUCUCUCUAACCUUUGGCAAGUCACUGCACUGGGCUUUUGUUUCUCCCACCCCCCUCCUGGUGACGUGGGAUCAUUCUCUCAGGUUUGUAGAGUCCCUUGAGUUCUUAACAGGAAGGACAAAGUAUUAUUAUAACACAAAUAAGGCAAGUGCUUCCACUUAAGCAGGGCACUGUAGCAGCACACAGCCCACUCCAUAACUACAUCCCUGAACACACGGCCUUGGACAAUGGCACCAGUGGGAAUUACCCUGGGAAUGGGCUGUGGCACAAACCAUUUCACUCCAAAGGUUUAUGAGGGAAGGCUGCCAUCGUGGGCAAAGACAAAUGGUCCAAGUGGAAAAUUCAUGUAUUGCCAGGAGAGAAGAGAUGUCUGUCCUGCCCUCAGUUACACUGCUGUAAAUCCAAAGUUAUUCUCCUAAGACCUAAAAUGUACUUGCCCCUGUUUUAUGCUGUGCCUAAGCUGUUAGUUAUUAAUAUGCAUUCUGGAAGCUCAAAACAGAGUCUGUACUCCUGGCUUUACUUGUACACUGUAAAUAUGUAUUUAUACUUAUUCUAAUGUAUAUUUUUAUUGCUCUGUACCAGACAGUGACAACAUGUA